GUUCAGGCGAAGAACCACCUUGCAAUCUUCUGACCCGGCGGGGGCGGGGAGACAGCAGGGCGGGCAGCCGCUUCGGACCCGCUCAAGGUGGGAGUGGUUGGAUGAUGUGGAACAUUGAUUGCUGAGGUCGGCUGCGGGAAGACGGCUCGGGCACUCCUUCCUUUUUCGAGGCUGGCUUUGCUCUCCUCCCGCACAGACCAGGAGCUGUUAGUACUGCUGCUUCUCUUCUCUGGAGCAACUAAAUCAGCCAGAAAAUCGCAGCAGCUUCCAGCCUGUGGGAGAAACCAGGCUCGGGUCCUUACGCCCCGUAGCCAGGCGAAAUGGCCUCUGCAAAUGACACCCGACAGAUGCCCAAGGAUGCUGCUGACCAAAACUUUGAUUACAUGUUCAAGCUUUUGAUCAUUGGCAACAGCAGUGUAGGCAAGACAUCAUUUCUCUUCCGAUACGCUGAUGAUUCCUUUACUUCAGACUUCGUUAGUACUGUCGGCAUCGAUUUCAAGGUGAAGACUGUCUACAGGAAUGAAAAAAGAGUCAAGCUGCAGAUUUGGGACACAGCUGGCCAAGAGCGGUAUCGAACCAUCACAACAGCCUACUACAGGGGAGCAAUGGGUUUUUUACUCAUGUAUGAUAUUUCCAACCAAGAGUCUUUCAAUGCUGUACAAGACUGGGCAACUCAGAUCAAGACUUACUCCUGGGAUAAUGCUCAAGUGAUUCUGGUUGGGAACAAGUGUGACCUGGAGGAUAAUCGAGUAAUACCCACUGAAGAUGGCAAGAGACUUGCUGAUGAACUAGGUUUAGAAUUCUUUGAAGCCAGUGCCAAGGAUAAUAUCAAUGUCAAGCAGGUCUUUGAGCGCUUGGUGGACAUAAUCUGUGAGAAGAUGAAUGAGAGCCUGGAUGCAAGCUCUGGCAUGAACAGCACCAAUCAUAAGAACACUGCCCUGAAGGAAGCAUCAGCUUCACAGUCCAACAGUUGUUCCUGCUAGAUGGAACUUUGCUGACCACUGAGACCUGCGGUGCCUCGCUGCCCUACAUAAAUGAGGAGGAAACUUCAGCAGAUUGCACAUCUCCUUUGACUGCUGGUUGGCACAUCUCCCUGUUUGCCUCUGGCUGUGCCUGUAUGGCCUCUGACAGCAUGCAUCAGAUGCUUCCCCUCCUUUUCUCUGCAGCAUGAUUGGCCUUUUCUGGCAAAGGAGUAUGAUUUCUUUUGCAUAUAUGCACUUCAGUUUACACUCCCAAUGACAACAUGUCUUUGCAACCCAGAUAAAUUGGGCCUCUCUCUGGCAGUGUGCCCAACUUUGUCCCCACUCUUUUCAAGAUUCUAGUGCUAGUUCUCUGAUUUGAUUGCUCUCACUUAGUGACUAGGAAUUGAGCAAUUUGUUUCAUAUAAAACCUGGAUCUGCAUAAGCAUGCUUCCUUCCCCUCUUGCCUUUUCCCAGUUUAAAUCCUGCAACUGUUUAACUACUCCACACAUUUGAUUAGGUGAGCUGCAGUUCACAAAAUUUUACACCUUUUAAUAAAAAGUUUUUUUAUUGGAAAGGGCCUAUGUUAUUCCUUUGAAUUUUCUGCCAAAUUCAGCCUUCUACAGUUUUCUCUAUCUAAAAAAUAAAUCCCAUGGCACUUUGAAGCUGGAUAUCCUCGUUCAGCCAGCCCUUAAGAACUAGCUGUAGGUGAGAGAAAUAUGUGUGGAGAAUUCUGACAGUAGAUUUUUCUCUUCAGAACUGUUUACCAUAAGAUGGAUCAUGCUUAAUCAGAAAGCAUCCACUGAUCCAAUCUCUUGGGCCUAUAGAAAUACCAAAAGGAGGGGGAACAAGCAACCUUUUAGGCCUAGGAGACCAACUUGCUCUUUCUGCUAUGUCUAAGUAUGUAUAAGGCUAUGUAUAAGGCUGCAAUGUCAUCAGAUAAGGCAAGGCUGAAAUCUAACUCCUCCAGUGGGGAAUGUUUACAGCAAUGAAGCUUUUAAGUGGCACUGUCCUGUUUUAAGGUUCACCAAAUCUUGAGUUAAACAUAGAACAUAGAAUCAUAGGGCUGGAAGAGAUCUUGGUGGUUUUCUAAUCCAACUCUCCGCUCAAGGCAGGAGCCUUAUGCCAUCCCAGUCAAAUGCUUGAUGAUUAAUCCCUUAAAAUGCCUCCCAAUUAAAAAGUGUCUAAACGUUUUGGCUAUAAAUGAGAUACUAGAGGCACACAUGCCACCUUUGGAUUGUCUAUCACUGUCAAGCUUCCACUGCUAACCACAAAGAUAUCAAAACGUAUAUUGUGAUAUCAUGGCACAAGCUCCACCCAUUUGUAUUUCUGUUCAGUAUUGCAACCCAUAGUAAGAGCUGGAGUUUACAUCACUACAUAUUGGUGCAUUUUUGGUCACUUGCCUCCCUUUCCCCUCCUACAGAUGAACCUUGUGUUUUUCUAUUGCCUCUCAAAUUGAAGAGACAUCCCAAAUUCUGGUUCACACAGUUCAAAAAGGCUCUUAACGAAGUUUCUCACAAGGCUUCAAGAGAAUUGACAUUUGUAUCUUCCAGAAUAAUGUUUGUAAGACCCCAAGGGCAUUUAGUCUCUAACAGAGUUCACACUCCAGCUUUUAGGCUCAGAUAUUUCCCUCCCCAUCAGGCUUGCUGUUGUCAUUAGAGCUUCCUUGCCUACUACAAUCAAGAAUCUUUAUAUUGUAUUCCUGUGGAACAUUCGCAGAUACGGUAGUUUAUUAAGGAGAGGGAACAUAAUACAUGGACAAUAAUGCACGGUUGUCACAAUUACAAGCAGUAGAAGUUGAACUAAAAUUUUGUUCACUUCUCUGGCUCUAGUUUCAGGUCUUCAGACUGGGGUUUGAGGGAAGAGAGGAGAGAAUUGUUGUUAUGUAAACUCAACUGAAGCAAAAGAGGCUUCUUCUCUGGACUUUCAUACAUAUGAAACUCCAUUUCCAGAAUUUUUUUUUUUUUGGCCAAGUGUGAUUGGACACACAAGGAAUUUGUCUUGGUGCAUAUGCUCUCAGUGUACAUAAAAGAAAAGAUAGGUUCAUUGAGAAUUCUAAGGUAAAACACUUAAUAAUAGUCAUAGGGUACAAAUAAGUAAUCAGGAAACAAUAUAAAUCAUAAGGAUACAAGCAACAAAAUUACAGUCCUACAAUCAUAAGUGGAAGGACAUGGGUGAUGGGAACGAUGAGAAGAUUAACAGUAGGGCAGAUUUAGUAAUAGUUUGACAGUGUUGAGGAAUUAUUUGUUUAGCAGAGUGAUGGCAUUCGGGAAGAACUUAUUGUGUCUAGUUGUUCUGGUGUGCAGUUGUUCUGUACCGUCGUUUUGAGGGUAGGAGUUGAAACAGUUUAUGUCC